GUUAUCAGUGCACAUAAAAUGGCCGUCAAUCACUCUCCCAUCCUUUAUACUGAUCCUCAACCUCUUAUUGAGCAAACUUUGAAGAAAAGCUCUAGCCUCCAUUUUAUUAUUAGGAAGAGCAAGGGGCGUGGUCAAAUAAUGGGCGUGGUGUGUUACUAUGGGAACCAGACUAAAAACAAAAUGGUGACCAGAGGCAAUAAGUAUUUCACUCCUGGGGAGGUAGCGGCUCAUAACACUCACUCAGACUGUUGGGUCUCCUUCCUUGGGAAGGUAUACGACCUGACAGAGCUCUGCCAGAAUAAUUCAGGUAAUGUGCUUCUCAAACCAAUACUGGCUAAUGCAGGCAAGGACAUUUCUCAUUGGUUUGAUCCAAAAACAAAAGACGUGAAAACUCACGUGCAUCCAGUAACUGGUUGCAUAGUUCCGUUCACGCCUAUGGGGAGGUUCCUUCACGUCCCUCCUCCUUUCCCUCGUUCAGACUGGUCCAACACGUUUGGUACCCCCUGGUGGAAAGAAACCAGAUACUGUGUGGGGAUACUCUCAGGGAGAACAAGGAAGAUACGAAUAAUAAACACACUCACACUACAAGAACAAGUGAUAGAGGUUUGUGCUGAAGAGACGAUGAACGAGAUUCUUCAACGCUAUAAAGUAUACAACUCACACGCUUCCAGUUAUACGUGGAAAUAUUUCGGUAACAACCUGGACAUGAGCAAGACACUGGAGGAGAACGGGAUCAAAGAUGAAGGAGAAGAUAUGUAUGUAUUGAGACUAGACGAGGAGGAGUUCCUCCCUCCAAUUAAUCUUUAUUUUAAUGAUGACUUGACGGAAUAUUAAAGGGACUUCUCACUAAGAAAAUGGAGUUGACUAAGUGUUUAAAAAAUAAUGACGAGGAAAUUUUAUCCAAUCAACAAAAAU